CAGCCGGUGAGGCUGGGAGGAGCUUUCGCUGCGUGACGCCAGGCGCCCGAGCUGCGGGAGAUUUUGGGCUGUUUUGGUGCCAUGCAUCAUUUACAGUGUAUCCUCCAAACACAGAGGUGUCUGGGGUGGGGGUCCUUGGCCUCUGUGUCCUGGCUGCUGCUUGGGACCUGCAGGGCACACAGCAGUUUCUCUAGCACCACAUGUCCCAGUCCAGAGGGGCAGCAGGAAGAUGGAGUUCGGAAGGAUUUCAGCUCCAGGCUGGCCACUGGACCGACUUUUCAGCAUUUUUUAAGAAGUGCUUCAGUUCCUCAAGAGAAACUGUCUUCUUCAGAUGUGGUGGACCCACCUCCAUAUAUCACAGUUGAUGAACUUUUAGGAAGGCAGAGAAAAGUCUACCUUGAGACCUAUGGCUGCCAGAUGAAUGUGAAUGACACAGAGAUAGCCUGGUCUAUCUUACAGAAGAGUGGCUACCUGCGGACCAAUAAUCUUCAAGAGGCUGAUGUGAUCCUCCUUGUCACAUGCUCUAUCAGGGAGAAGGCUGAACAGACCAUCUGGAAUCGUUUACAUCAGCUUAAAGCCCUGAAGACAAAACGGCUUCGUUCCCGAGUACCUCUGAAGAUUGGGAUUCUAGGUUGCAUGGCUGAGAGACUGAAGGAGGAGAUCCUCAAUAGGGAAAAAAUGGUGGAUAUUUUGGCUGGACCAGAUGCGUAUCGGGACCUUCCUCGGCUGCUGGCUGUUGCUGAGUCAGGCCAGCAAGCUGCCAACGUGCUGCUGUCUCUGGAUGAGACCUAUGCUGAUGUCUUGCCAGUCCAGACGAGCCCCAGUGCUACUUCUGCCUUCGUGUCUAUCAUGAGAGGCUGUGACAACAUGUGCAGCUACUGCAUUGUUCCUUUUACGCGUGGCCGAGAGAGGAGUCGGCCUGUUGCCUCCAUUCUGGAGGAAGUGAGAAAGCUUUCUGAGCAGGGGCUGAAAGAAGUGACACUACUUGGCCAGAAUGUUAAUAGUUAUCGGGACAAUUCAGAAGUCCAGUUCAACAAUGCAGUGCCCACCAACCUCAGCCGUGGCUUCUCCACCAACUAUAAAACCAAGCAAGGGGGCCUUCGUUUUGCUUACCUUCUGGAUCAGGUCUCCAGAAUAGAUCCUGAAAUGAGGAUUCGUUUUACCUCUCCCCACCCCAAGGAUUUUCCUGAUGAGGUUCUGCAGCUGAUUCAUGAGAGAGACAACAUCUGUAAACAGAUCCACCUACCAGCCCAGAGUGGAAGUAGCCGUGUAUUGGAAGCCAUGAGGAGAGGCUAUUCAAGAGAAGCUUAUGUGGAGUUAAUUCAUCAUAUCAGAGAGUCUAUUCCAGGUGUGAGUCUCAGCAGUGAUUUCAUUGCUGGCUUUUGUGGUGAGACAGAGGAAGAUCACCUCCAGACAGUGACUUUGCUUCAGGAAGUUCAGUACAACACGGGCUUCCUCUUUGCCUACAGUAUGAGACAGAAGACACGGGCAUAUCACAGGCUGAAGGAUGAUGUCCUGGAAGAGGUGAAAUUAAGGCGUUUGGAGGAACUUAUCACUGUCUUCCGAGAAGAAGCAACAAAAGCCAACCAGAUGUUCGUGGGCUGUUCCCAGCUGGUGCUGGUGGAGGGGCUCAGUAAACGCUCUCCCACUGACCUGUGUGGCCGGAAUGAUGGAAACCUUAAGGUGAUAUUCCCUGAUGUAGAGAUGGAGGAUGUCACUAACUCUGGGCUCAGGGUCAGAGCUCAUCCUGGGGAUUAUGUGCUGGUGAAGUCUAGGUAAGGAAGGCCCAGGACUGGUGGUUGUGCUGUCUUCAUGGGUCCUUCUGUUUUUCCAUGUGUGGCCUCGGCUUUCAAGGUCACCUCCAUGAUCCAAGAGGCUGCUCUGGCCGCCUCCAUACCCAGGGAGCGGAAGGACAAAGAAGAAAGGGGAAGGGCAUGCCCUCUUCAUCUCAGGAGCGCAGCUGCUCCGCAUGCUCUCUACCACAGUAACAGCACACCAAGCUUCAGAGUCUGCGGAGUGUCCUCUUCAUUCUGAAUGACCGCGUGUCCAGUUAAAAAUUGGGAGUUUUGUUCCUGAGGGAGAAGAGGAGAAAUGUUGGGGGAUUACCUCCGCCAGCUCUCAGACACUUAGAGGACAUGCUAUCUGCAGGACCACUCUGAAGGGCUCCUCAGCAGAUUGCUCACUUGAGC